GAGGUGGCAGGGAGGAGUGACGUAGGGAGGUGUGUGUGUGUGUAUGAGGGCGGAGCAGGGGGAGGGAGUGUGUGGCGGUACGAGCGAGCAGUACGGCCUGGACAGAGCCAGGGUGAGCGGAGUUUCUGAUCUCUACACCUAGCAGUUCACGCUUCCUAAAUCUAAAACUUAAUGCAGUUAUCCCUACACAUCCCUAAAGGAAAACUGAGAAUAUAAUACUUAAAAUAAUCACAUUCAUUACUAAAUAAAUUCAAAAGGAUUUUAUAAGGUUAACAUGAGCGUGGUAAAGUGUAACUGUGGAGGAAGAAGGAAAUAAUAACGCCUGAAACUAAAGCUAACUUGUUUAUAUUUAUACUUGUGAAUUGAGAUAUUAUAAUCUAACCGCUAAAGCAACACACUUUUGAAAAUUGUGAAAUGUCUUAUUGAGAUUGAUGAAUAAACUCAGAGAAGAAAAACGAAGAUUUAACCAAUAAAACACGUUUAACCUGUGUCUCGGUGUCAGGAACUAACAGCAGAAAUAGUACACACUAGUAUUUAACAGUAUUAGGCGAUAAAUUAUAAGCGAGUGUCCUAUUACCUAAUAGUUGAAGGCCACGGCAUCAACAGCUCCUCAGUCUGUGUUAUAAUUUAUUUGAGCAACACCUUGAAUAAUGUGCACCACCAAGAGGCAGUAUAAACUAAAGUACACACUAUUAAAGGAUAAGAUAAACUGCCGGAAACAAUAAUACACAAGAGACUACAUGUGCUGAAAUUCAUAUCGUCUGGCAGGAAAAUAUAUCAGAAUCAGUAACCGAUAAUAACAAAAGAAACACCAAAGAACAGUAAUCACAGGCAAACAACAGCGAACAAUAAUAAAGCAGAGACUAAAUAAGCUAAAAUCAUGCUGCGGCAAAAUUUAUCCUGGGAACCUAUGUGAUAACCUACCCCACUACAGGACAGCCUAGUACCCUCCUCGUGAGAACCAUCUACAAUUUGGAGACGAUACUGACGCAGUGACUCCCAUUGUGUUAUUGGUGCUGCCUUUGUGUGUCUUGUUUGUGCAGUGGUGCAGAUGUGUCAGUAACAAUCUCGAGUUAACAUCACACGUUACCAAAUGAGGUGGACGUGAAAAGGCAAGCGUGGGUGGGUUCGUAGUUGAGCCGCAUGGGCGUGUGGAGAAGUGGUGGGCCAGUGGGCGUGCGGGGGAUUGGUGGGUGUGUGUGUGAGGCGUGCAGGCAGGAUGAGGGCGUGCAGGUGUGAGGGCGCCCUUACCCCUGCCCACACUCCCACUAACAACUACGUGUCAGCCAACUACAUACCCAGCAAAAUGAUCAGCUUGCAUGACUCUGACCUACUGGUGAACUGCACGGGGGAGGACGACCCUGAACUGCAGGCCCUGAGAUGGACGGUCUACCAGGUGGUGUUUCCUGUUUUGGUGGCUCUGGGCGUCGUGGCCAACGUUCUCAACCUUAUAGUGCUGUCCCGACCUGCUAUGAGGGGCGUCGCCUAUAGGUACCUGAACCACCUUGCGGUGAGUGACCUGUUAUACCUGGUGUUCAACGUGCCCUUCUGUAUGAAGGACUUCGCCAGGAUCUCGGAGAUGCAGGUGGUGUCCAGGGCGAGUGCUGUGUACUACGCCAACGUCGGCAUCCCGCUGGUGAACUUCUUCCUCACCAUGAGCGAGUACAUCGUGGUAUGGCUCUCCUACGACCGUUGCCUCGCCGUCACCAGCCCGCAGAAGUUCUCGGCCAAGCAAAGGCAUGAGGUGGUGAGAAUACGGUGCGGGAUGUCGCUCCUCCUAUCCAUGUUCGUAUACAGCCUGAGUCCCCUACGGCAGACUUACCGCUGUGAAGACCACGAGUGUUGCGUCAGUGAGAGUCACUUCAUAAACGAGCCCUGGUAUAUGGGCUACGAGUUUUUUAGGGAAAUCUACUCGAGAUUUUUACCCGCUGUACUCAUUACCUCUUUUAAUGUGGCCAUUAUUGUGACGCUGAAACAAAUCAAGCGAGAGCGAGAUGAAGACGUCAUAAGCGAAGCACGCCAGGAAAGGGAACGUCGACUAUUUUUCCUGCUCAUGGCGAUCACAGUUUUCUUCUACGUUUCAGCCUUUCCCAGCGCCAUUUAUAAAGUUCUCAUAUUCAACGACAUGCACUUUGUCCCGUACUUCAGAGUCGUAGCUGAUGUCUUAGAAGUAUCCGGCCAUGUUUUUAAUUUCUUUUUAUAUUUUCUAUUUAGUCCAGAUUAUCGUAAAACGCUGGUAGGUAUGACUUCUGCCGACCAGCCUAAUAAUAUUGCACUGUCGUCUACAGCCAUUCCUCUAUGAAUUACUUGAUAUUUAUAAUUGGAUAUGAAAUUUUUUUUGGACGAACUAUAUUUUCAACGUAGAUGAUAUUAUAUAUUAUGUAUUCUUAUAUAAAACGCCUUAUAUAAAGUGCAACUACCAACAACAAACUGAGAUUUCUUGGCCAUUUUUGGCUUGAGUUCCCACCAAUAACAGAUACUAUGAUGUUGGUAUGACCCCAGGAAUCUGACUACAGGCACCAAGGUGUCUUUCUUCUUGUGAUUGCGCAGAAAAGACACGUGUGUGUAUAACAGUGAUAAUAAGGUACGAAUUCCUCCAAGCAUUCCACAUUAUUCAAUAAAUUCCAGAGACGAUACGUGAAGUGAAUAUGAAUCAUUAUCAUCGAUGAACAUAAAGACGUCUGUUUCAUUUCUGUGAUCGACACAUAGGUCUGGACAAUUUUCAUCAUACUCCAUUCUCAUUCUCGAAAGAAGAUAUUAAAAUGUGUUUUAUUCAUCAUGUUAGCACAGUAAACUUGUUAGUGUGUUAAGUGAGACAAAGUUAGUGUUAAAACUCAAGGAACUUCUCUGUCGACAGGUAGGCUGCUACUGGAUACUGCAGCCACAGACGUAAUACUACAGGUUGGCGACAUUUAUCAUUGAUUUCAUAAUAUUGUAUACCGUGAAGUACGCAUAUAUGUCUGUCAAUACUCAACAAGUCUAAAUAUCUGAAAUUCGUCCUUUUUUUUAUCUAGAUAAUGACCAAUAUUAGUUUGCAAUAUUAUAAUUCAAGAGUCGAAUAUAAUUAUGUGUGAAGGUGUCGGUGUGUUGGCUGGGGUCGCUUGCUGCUGUUCUCCAUACCAAAGUAUCGACAGUCAAGGGGUCACCCACCUAGCGUCCAACCCGAACAGAUUCUCUGGCGUUCCCGGUGCCUCAAGCAGACGAGAAACAUUUGCUUCUUAACUGUUUGCAAUAUAAAAUAGUCUUCACAUAAAACUGUCAUCUAUCUAAGGUCAUUUGGCCUUGAUGUAACUUAGAGCCUAUGACUAUUUUUGUUUCCUGGUGUAAGCCAUUGUAUCCACUUACUGCAUAUUUGUACUCCCUUAAAGAUGAUUAAACUUUGAUUCAUGA